ACUUCAUGUCAAUGAUUGUUGUGUUAGUUGUAGUCGUUGUCGUCGUCGUCAUCAGUGGUCUAUCAGUGGUAUUGUGUGGUAAACGACAAUAUGUUCACAACACCGAAGAGAUAGAGUUGACUAAAGUGGUGGUCAUUGAUCCCAAACAUUGUAAUACCCGACACGAUAUGGUUGUCCUUAUACAUAGUGCCGGUCGAUCAACGGGUAAAUACUUUGAUAUCAGACAAGAGUUGAGGUCCGGUUGGGUCGGAGACAUAAAAACCUAUAACAUUGGUGUCUGGUUUGCACUCGCACUCAACGAUAACCCGACGGUUAAUGAAGAGCUGAUCAUAGAGUCGGAUACCUAUCGGGAUAUCAUUCAGUUUGGUUUUAUCGACAACUACUAUAACCUGACACUCAAAGCCAUUGCAAUUCAACGAUGGCUUCACAGAUACUGUCGGUCAGUAAAAUAUCUGCUGAAGAUAGACGACGACACGUUUGUCAAUAUUGGCCAACUGUUGAAAGUGUUACCCGAUUUUCCGAUCGGUUUCAAUGGCCUAAUCAGAUCUGGCGAUUUAGUUGUUCGCAGAGAUCCAAAUAGCCGAUGGUAUAUACCCGUCGAGUACUAUCCGUACGAUUAUUAUCCCGAUUAUCCGCUGGCCACUCAUGUUGCCGUCGAAGUGGACAGAGAUCUAUUGCUUCGGUCAUUGGACACCUAUACAGCUAUCGGCGGAAAUUAUGUACUGGACAUUGACGACGUUUUCCUAACCGGUAUUCUAGCCAAUUGGUCGGGUAUUACCCGCCAUAAUAGUAGUCACUUUGUAUUGGACGACUGUCACUGUAUACCCAGUUUGCAUACCGUUCCCAUACAUCUAGAGUGCAAACAACGAUCGGACAUAUGGCGUGCAUUUUUGGACGUAUCCAUGAAUACCAGUGCCUAUUGUAGUCAAAAUGUAUCGCCGAUGAUUGGCCACCGAAGCCGACUACUACUACUACAACUACUUUUACCGGCGCUAAGCUAUAUGAUUAAUACAUUUAAUUUUUAA